ACAACCUCGUCGACGCGUCGAACGUAAUCUUGGCUCAUGCCAUCCAUCCACAAUGACAACAACACCGGGACUUCAAGUGCACCCUCACUUCAACCAUGAGGAGGCAGCGGCUGUGGCCUCUGAGUUUGUCUCCACUCUUGACAACUUGCCGGGCGAGGUCAGGUUCCUUCUUAUGGAGAUCCAGGAGAAGGACGAGAGGAUAAACAGUGGGCGCUUCUGUAUGCUGGCAUUGCUAACGUUAGAUCUCCUCAAUCGCAUCAACCAGCGACAUUACGGGUUGACCAAGUCGAUCAAGGGCUUGACACCAACGAGCGCGCCGGCACCUGCGAGCUUCCCACUGCCCAUUCCGAAGGACGCGCCGAUCCCCUCAGCCCACCUUCCGGCUAAGGACGCGCAGAACAUCGCAAAAAUCCAGGGCGAGUGGACCAAGAUUCACCAGCUGCAGGAGGAGAAGGUGCAGCUUGCAACGCGGCUGGAACGGAUUGUGUCGCGGGCGCGCGAGCGCGGCAAGGCCGAGUGGGGGCGUGUAGGCGGCAUGGACAUUGAUGCCACCGAGCCCGUCAAGCUCGGCGAUUUGGGCAGCGCGGACGUGCUCUUGCCAUCGACCGGGCUCGGGAGCGGCUCCCACAAGCGCAGUCGCAAGCCAGCAAUACCGUUAGCGGCGGCUAUCAGCGCGGGAACGACAGGAUUACUUUCGCGCGGCAACUCGCGGGGCGGGAGUCCCAUGGCUCCGCCGCUCCCGCGUGCUGGAUCCACACUUUCUAACGGGCGCGGGCGGGGGAGACCAAAGCGCGAGGCGCUUACGCCGGAAGAGGAUGCCGAGGGAGAGGAAGAGGAACCUAUCGCCGAGGCGAUGGACGUCGACAACGAUGACCAGAUCUACUGCUUCUGCCAGCAAAAGAGUUACGGCGAGAUGAUUGGGUGCGACAAUGACCAAUGUCCCUACGAAUGGUUCCAUGUCAAGUGCGUCAACAUCGACGGCCCGCUUCCCGAGACAUGGUACUGUCCCGACUGCGUCAAGACGCUUGGGCUGGCGUCUAGCGACGGUACUACCAAGUCGGCAAUGCCUCGCAAGAGGAAAAAGUAGAUGUGAUUGUAGCAAUAUUCAUCCAUGUAAAGUAGCGUGCGUGUAUUGCGUGCUAUCGGG